AUGGCGCUCAGCGGAGGGGCGCUUCUGGAGCGCGACGACAUGCUUAGCCUGGCUGAGAAGAACGGCGCCACGAUAUACGUGCCAUCCGGUGCGAUAGCCGGUCUUGACGGCGUCGCCGGCGCCUGUGCUGGGCGCAUUGACUCGUUAACUAUGAUCACACGCAAGCCGCCAGAAGGCCUAAAGGGCGCUCCCGGCAUCGAAGUUUCAGGGAUCGAUCUCGAUGCAAUCUCAGAACCGACGGUCGUGUACGAAGGUCCUGCACUUGAGGCCUGCAGGCUGUUUCCCGCGAACGUCAAUGUCUCCGCUGCCCUCAGCAUGGCGGGCAUAGGUCCGCACCGUACUCACAUCCGCAUCUACGCCGACCCGACUGUGGACAAGAACACGCACGACAUCGUUGUCGAGGGCGAGUUUGGCAGGCUUAGCAUACGCAUAGAGAACACGCCCUCGGAGACCAAUCCCAGGACCGGGAAACUGUCAGCCCUGUCUGCGAUCGCAACACUGAGGAAAAUAACUUCGACCGUUCAAGUCGGAACGUGA